AUGAAUCCCAAUAUACAUCAACAACCAUCUAAUAUAAACCAAUUUUCUAUUGAACAAGAAAGUCAAUCGAUUGAAAAAUCAACAAAGUCAUUAGGAAAUAAUUUUCCUAGAGGUUUACGAGGUGGUGGUGCUUGUUUUGAUUGUUUAGCAUGUUUAUGUUGUUGUUGUGCUAUUGAAGAAAUGGCUUGUUUUGAAUGUUGUAAAGAUUGUUAA